AUGCUUCCGAAGUGGGCAACUCACCCCGCUGGGGGGACGAUGGUGAUUAUGCUGCUAUCUGGCACUGCAUUUAUCAUCGGUCACCACUUCUUUUAUCAGAGCCUUUCGGGAAAACCGCCGCCAAAUGUGGUCUAUUUCAGUGGCUUUGCUGGCGGUUUAUCGGGACAGCAAGUCAAUCUGGCUGCUGGAUUGGCGUUUGCUUUCUUUGCCAGCUCCGCUCUAGGCGUCUUGAUAACGACUGCGGCAAACCAAGCGCUAUGGGUUGCGGUUAGGACAAAACCUUCAAAGCUGGAGGUCAUCGAUAACCUGGCGACUGCAACAACUAAUAUCUGGAAUAUGUUUGACUUCCGACUAUGGAAGAGCAGCCCGAUCAGGAUGACUUUGGUCACCAUCUUCUGGCUUCUAUCUGUCACAUCCUUCAUAACACCAGCUACCCUCAUUAUCAAGUGGUCAAUAACAACGUCCGUCGUAAUGACUAGGGUCCCUCAAGUUGACUUUACCAGUCUGAAUUUUGCCGAAUUACAUUUUUGGCCUAGUCUCUCCCCUGUCUAUGCCUAUCGCAACCCUCAGUAUCCUGUUCUCAAAGUUGUAGCAGAAAGCAUGGUAGGAAGCCGUAUCUUGCCAAUAUCGUCGCCAUACCAAAAUGCUACGUGGCUCUUAAAGUUUCCCGGGCCAGCACUGUCGUGCGAGAGCAUUGAUAAUAGCUCGAUUCUGUACAAGAAUAUUACGAACAAUAUUCUCGUGGCAGGCGAAAAAUAUCAGGAUUAUUCUUUCAAUUAUAUUUCUUGGGUGCCGAAAGUACUGUCGGAUUACUACUCACCACAAAUCAGUUCCUUACCAUUCCCCAACAUAUUAUUGAAUGACAACAACACCAAAUAUGAACCACCUUCUCAAACACUUGGGCCGAUAUUGCCCUGGGGAGCCUCUCUAACACUUUUAAUUGCGGCCCUGCCAGGCAUGCUAAAUAGCUCUUCGAACGGUUACCGCCAAGAUUUUGAUCGAAUCGCCAAUAUGACUGUAACAAGAUGUAUGAUGUAUAACACCUCAUACGUGGCUAAUUUCACAUACAUCGAUAACAUACAGAGCAUUAAUGUUACGACACAAGGUUCAUUCAACAAUAUUACGGCCCAGGAUGCUGUUGCAGGCGCAGUUAUGCUCCAUUACAUGGACACUUUCGCCUAUCAGGCCAUUAUGGACGCUUUUGGGCGCAUGCUCGUGGGAAGUAUCGUUUUUGACUACAGCUCUGAGGGGCAAAUAAUCGACACUCAAAUAGCACUGACACCACUUCUGGACACAAAAGAGUUGAACUUUUUACGACCUCUUUCAAAGAGAAAUACGCUGGAGGAGCUUACAGGUCAAGUCUCUGGGAUCUGGAAUGGGAUUUCUGUCCAGCAAGUGUCGAAUCCAACCGUUCUGCUGGCCGACAUGAUCGAGGAGAUGUUCCGUAAUGUCACAUUAUCCCUGAUUAGCAAUCCCUUGUUACAGCCCAAUUACUCCUCCCCUUACGCACCUCCAGAUAUAGACGUGGCAGUGACAACCUAUGCUUUGGUUUACUCAUACGCAGCCCAAACCCUCUGGCUUGCGUAUGGAAUUGCUCUCGGCAUGACUCUUUUUAGCCUGCUACUCGGAGCUAUCUCAAUCUAUCAUAAUGGUGGCGCCUCAUAUACGACUAAAUUCUCUACGAUACUACGUGCAGCCUACUGUAUCGACUUUUCGGAGCCUAUACGACCUGAAGAUACGGACGGUAAAGACCCAACGCCGCGAUAUAUCAAGAAACUCACGAUUUAUUUCCCGCCGGUCGGAAAGACUGUGCAUUACGACAAGGCGGCGCAAAUCUCGGAAGAGGAAGAGCCGUAG